UAUCUCAUAUCUACAACAUGACCUCUUUGAUAAGUUUUCUUUCCUUACUUAUGAUGGUGGUCCUGUCAGUCCCUUCUACAGAGCAAGCCGUUUUAAACCAACACCUUUGUGGAUCCCAUUUGGUAGAGGCUCUUUACCUUGUGUGUGCUGAUAAUGGAUUUUUCUAUAAACCCAGUGGAAAACGUGAAGUUGACCAGUUUCCAGACAGAGGCACACAAGCUGACGAACUUGAAGCUUUUUCCUUUGGUACACCAGAGAACAUGAAAGUGAAGAGAGGAAUAGUAGAGCAGUGUUGCCACAAACCCUGCUCUCUCUAUGAACUGGAAAAUUAUUGCAAUGUUCCCUGAGAGAAAUGAGGCUCUCUGAUAUGAACUCUGUAAUGCUUGGUAUCUGAU